UGUCAACAUAUUGUUAUUCAAUCGACCGAUUCGAAUGUUUUGAAUCUAUUUUUCUUAGCCCAAAUCACAGAUUAUUAAACCAUUAAUCAAAAUGUUCGAUAGAAUAGCAUUGUUAUCACUAGUAUGUCGAAACGCACCCAUGAGCCAGAGGUUUAUUUCAUCGAAUACAGCAUCCAUUGUAAAGAUACAUCGCAGUGUGUACGCAAGAAGAUAUCCUACGCUAGUUGUUUUACCAAAUGGGUCAACUAUCAAUAUCAACUACCACGAACCGCGCCGAAUUAUUAAGCUCCCUUUGGAUUUGAGUCUUCUAAGCGAAGCUGAGAGAAAGGCGCGGCUGGAGAAGAGAAAACCUAAACGAGUGAUACAGAUUGAGGAUGAAGUAGAUGAUAGUUUCAAUGCCCGAAAGUACAUUAAAUUUAUUAAAAAGUAGCGAACUGUAAAAAGACGUAGGAGGAAAUAAAUCAAAGGCCAUGUCAUAUUGACACGAAUCAAACCAA